UGCGGAAGUGACGCCUGUCCUUUUCUGGUGUUGCUUCGCCUCACACACGAGUCUCCGAGAAGAAUUGUAACAAACCGGAGGAUACUUUAAUUUACCGGGCGACUGGAAGCACACACCGGGCAGAAAUGAAACCCAUCCUGCUGCAGGGCCACGAGAGGUCCAUCACCCAGAUCAAAUACAACAGAGAAGGAGAUCUGCUCUUCUCUGUGGCCAAAGACACGGUCGCCAACGUGUGGUACUCUGUGAACGGGGAGAGGCUGGGCACCUACAACGGACACACGGGAGCUGUGUGGUGUGUGGACUGCGACUGGGACACGAAAAGUGUGUUAACGGGAUCUGCGGACAACAGCUGCCGGCUGUGGGACUGUGAGACUGGUAAACAGCUGGCUCUCCUCAACACCAACUCGGCCGUGAGGACGUGCGGUUUCGACUUCAGCGGCAACAUCAUCAUGUUCUCCACAGACAAGCAGAUGGGCUACCAGUGUUACCUGAACUUCUUCGACCUGCGGGACCCACAGCAGAUUGAGGACAACCAGCCCUACCUGUCAGUCCCCUGCAGCGACCACAAGAUCACCAGUGCCGUGUGGGGGCCCCUGGGAGAGUUCGUCAACGCCGGCCACGAAAACGGAGAGAUCAACCAGUUCAGUGCCAAGACAGGGGAGAUCAUCAAGAAAAUCAAGGAGCACAACAAGCAGAUCAACGACAUCCAGACGUCAGUGGACCUCACCAUGUUCAUCACUGCUUCCAAAGACAACACAGCCAAGUUGUUCGACUCCACUUCUCUGGAUCACAUCAAGACUUUCAAGACGGAGAGGCCGGUCAACUCUGCAGCCAUCUCCCCCAUCAUGGAUCAUGUGGUGAUGGGAGGAGGACAGGAAGCCAUGGAGGUCACCACCACGUCCACCAGGAUCGGAAAGUUUGAGGCCAGGUUCUUCCAUGCUGCCUAUGAAGAGGAGUUUGGCAGAGUCAAAGGUCACUUCGGCCCCAUCAACUGCGUGGCCUUCCACCCUGAUGGGAAGAGCUACAGCAGCGGAGGAGAGGACGGAUACGUGAGGAUUCACUACUUCGACCCGCAGUACUUUGAUUUUGAACUGGAGGCAUGAAGUUCCCCCCCCUUCCUCCUCGGACUCUGACUAACAUGGAUUUAAUCCCAUCAUUCCUCAUGAGCUCAAUAAAGUUGUUCUAUUUCAACACAAGGA